AGGUGACGAAUAUUUGUAACUCGUAUUCAGGAUUUACCUUCUGUACCUUAAACGCUAUUCCACAGAACAAAUCGAACGACUGACAUUUGUGUAAAUCUGCCUGUAUCCCAACACUUGUCGAUUAAUAAUUGUGAACAUGUGUUCAAUUGAACAGAUUGAGCAGUUUCGAAGGCAAAGAGGUAGCAUUAUUAAUUCCAAAUGCGUGAUCUGCGACCGUCAAGCCUGGACCGAUUAUUAUGGAAAUUUUGCUUGCAAACGCUGUGUCAGAUUUUUUAUAAUCGCCAUCGUUUUCGUCGGUGGAUACAAAUGCAUUAGCAAAACGGGAAAUUGCGACAAUUAUCAAAUCUGCAGAUUUUGCCUCUUAGAACGGAUGUACUUAAAAGGAUUUAAAGCAGAAAGAUUCGGUAAUCAUGGCGACGGAUUUCAUGCCAACGAUGCAAUUGGUAGAUACGUUCGACCCGUGGACGUGGAUGUACUAGAGGACUUUUACACUAAAAUAUGGCUCGGUUCGUACACGGAUAUGAUGAAUUCUUCGGUGUAUUUAGACGACGAUUUCACAUCUCAACGUUAUUACAUGCCUCCAACAUUAUACCAACGAGUUUACUUAAGAAACUACACACUGAUUAAUAAACUAGCCUCACUUUUCAACACUUGGUUUGUUGAUUAAGAAGUAACUUGACUUCUACAAAAGGACUUAAUUAUAUGGUUUUAUGGAAAAUACUCUUAGAUGUGGACUUUUAUAACGAUUGACGGAGAGGAAAAAGUUUUACAAAUCUUGUGUAGCCUACGUCAUUCAGACUGUAUUUUAUUUUAUAAAAUUCGAAUGAAUUCUCUUGACUUUUAUUGUCAUAGCGUAGUAAAGAAGAAUGCCAUGUUUUUAACUUUUGUGUAAAAUAUCGAGAAUAUAAAUGCUUGAUUGAAAGAUAAAUAAUUGAGUUAUUAUACUUGGAAGAGAAGUUUGUUUUAGUCUGAUUACAUUUCGAUUAAAGUCGUCGUUAACAUGAUAUUGUUUGAUAUUUUAAUUUUAUAUUAUUAGCCUAUAAUAGAUUUCACAGUGCAAGAAGCAAUUUGAGCAAAAACUUUCAUUGCAUUAUCUCUCACGAUUAGGAAUACAUUU